AGAGAGCGCUCCCAGCCAAGCAGCCCCUUCAGCUUCUGCCCUUUCUCCUGUUUACUGAAAAAAAAAAACACCUGGAAGCCAACAUGAACUCUCACUGCAACGGGAAAGUUGGAGAAACCGCGGUGGAGGAGUUCCACUGCAACAACGGCUUCAGCGACCGCAUCAUCGACACCAAGAAGUCCGCCGCGGUCCACCGCAAGCACGAGACAUCCCGCAAGGAGGCCGAGGACCAGUCCCGCCUGCCCGCGCUGGAGGCCGCCUACACCAGCAUCCUGCGGCACCUGGGGGAGGACACGGACCGGGAGGGGCUGCUGCGCACGCCGCUGCGUGCCGCCAAGGCCAUCCAGUUCCUCACCAAGGGUUACCAUGAGACCAUCGAGGACAUCCUGAACAAUGCUAUAUUUGAUGAGGACCACGACGAGAUGGUGAUUGUGAAGGACAUAGAUGUGUUUUCCCUGUGCGAACAUCAUCUAGUGCCAUUUUAUGGAAAGGUUCACAUUGGCUACAUUCCAAACAAAAAAGUGGUCGGACUCAGCAAGCUGGCAAGGAUUGUGGAGAUCUUCAGUCGACGGCUUCAAGUUCAAGAGCGUCUGACCAAGCAGAUUGCUGUUGGAAUAUCUGAAGCUCUGCAGCCAAGAGGUGUAGCUGUGGUUAUAGAAGCAGCCCACAUGUGCAUGGUGAUGCGCGGUGUCCAGAAGAUGAACAGCCGCACCGUGACGAGCACCAUGCUGGGAGUUUAUCUAGAGGACCCCAAGACUCGGGAGGAGUUCCUUGCUCUUACAAUGCGUGCCUAACUGACCACGAAAUGCUCUUCCUUCCUUUGCCGCCACAGCGGACAGAGGGCCAGAUGGGGAAGAGAGACAAAAGUUGCAGCUCCACCUCCAGCCUGUUGAGUUAACCUCAUAAUACCGAAGCCUGAAAGAUUUUUGUUGAAAUCACUGUGAACCCAACAAAUUCCUUGUGCCUUUAAUACCUAUUAUACAAUCUUACAUGGAAAUAUAGUUGUGAAACGUGUGCAAUACUGUAACAUGGCAACAUAAGACACAUAACACUUUUUAUUUCUGUUUAGUUUUUUUCUAAGUGGAAUUCCAUUGGUGCUUUUCCAAAGUGUUAUUUCCUUACCUUAACACUGUGUUCAGAAUUCAUUGACUUCAUCCAUGCAACACACUGUCAUUUAUAAAUACUUUUUUUUUAAUCUUUUCAGUUUAGUGACAUUUUGAUAUACCAAACGAAUUAUAUCUGAAAUCCAGAGAGUAAAGCCAAUUAUUGUAAAUCUGUGAUCAGAGAUGAUGUUGUGUGUUCUGAGAUCUUUAAUAAAGCAUUCUAAACAAUAA